AUGGAAACUCAGCCAGCGGAUCGUUUGGCGUUUGCCAGUGUUGUGGUCUCAUUCUCCAAAGUUCUCUACACACGUAACGCGUUCGUCAGCUUAAAACCGCACAUGGCUGUCAUUGCCACGCCUGGCUGCUGCUUCCAGGAGCUGCAAUCUGCUGCUAAUGCGCAGGCUCUGGCCACCACCAACAUGACCGAGAAGCGGGCCGUUCGCGCCAUGAAAAAGCGACUGCAGGACCGCCUGUACCAGCGAAAGCUCCGUGCCAAGCGUGACCAGAAGAUCUGCUCGCUCGAGCACGAUGUACAGGCUCUGGAAAUCAAGAUCGCCAAGCUGUACCGGGACUUGCAGCUUCGCAAACUGGCGGCGGCCAACGCCGAGACCCAACGCCGACAACAGCUGCAACGUCCGGACGGGUCACUACAGGACCACGCACGGUCGCUUGUCAUGCAGUUCUUCCGUGUGUACCAGAACGGCUACUCGCUGCCUUUGUCGAGUAUGCAGGAGCGCUUCCUACGCUCCAUCUUAGCUACAGACGUCGAGGGCACCGACCUGCGUGGAGUCGACGCCUUCAUUCAGCAGUGGCGGCUGUACGACCAGCACUUUGCGCUGUUUGUACUAGAGCCGCAGAUCUGGAAGACGCAUGACGUCGGCGACCAGUGCGUCAUGGUGGAGGUCGAGGUGAUGGUCUAUCUGCGUUGUCAUCGUCAGACUAUCGACAGAUUGUUCCCGAGUCUCAAGACUGGCAAGGUGGAUCCGGAGCUGGUCCUGCCGCUGGUAACCGGCACCACCGCCGUCGCCGGCACGCACACGUUUGUAGUGGAUCACACGGGUCACGUGAGCACUUUAUUGGUGAAUCUACAGCUACUGGAGACGCUGCGACGAGUGCUCGGAUCGCUGCAGAGCGUGGUGCAGCUCACAGACGGCGGCCGUAUCGCGCUCAGUAGUGGCACCAUCACUGUCGCUUAG